GCACGCAAGGAGCCGGAGGAGCAGCCCACCCCCAUCUACCUCAACAUCCAGCAGCUGCAGGAAGAAGCCGCAGCCGCCAGCUCGGCCCCAGAGGAGCUGGGCAGCUCGGUGUCGGACUGGGAAACCCACACGGACACGGGCAGCGGACAGUUGUUUUAUUAUAACCCGGUGACGGGCGAGACCACGUGGGAUUGUCCCUUUGGGACAGAAGAUGGAGUGAGUCCGGCCGCCUCUCCUGUCUGCUCGCUCGCCCACAGCCCGGAGUUGUCCCCGUGGGAGCGGUACGUGGACGAAGGCAGCGGACAGGCUUUUUUCUAUAAUUCGGUGACAGGUGAGACGUCGUGGGACCCGCCCCCCACGGGAGACGCAGGCACCCCCCAGGAUAUGUACCCUGGGGUGACGCGGUACGGUCCCAUGGAGCAGAGGCCUCCUACUCCAGAAACAGACUAUCCUGACCUGUCUCCAGAUGAGCUGGAGGCUUAUCCCGAGGAGGACUACUCACCCGUGGGCUCCUAUGAGCAUGGGGGACCUCUCUGUCUGUCCCCGAGGCAUCCCGAGGAGCUGGGCUCAUCCCCGGGCUGGUACAGACACAGCCACCCUGAGGGAGCUGUGUUCAACCCCGAGCACUUCACCUCCGACACG